UCAGGUUUUAUUCAGUCUAGUCAUGAAAAAUCUCAUGGGCCAUGGCUAAAUAGACAGCAAGAAUAUUAAGUGUCUUGUUCAGAAGUAAGUUCUUUCCUGCAGAAGUAAGUUCUUUCCUGAAACAAUACGAAUGCCUUUGUUAUGUAUAUUUGUUUGUAUCUUCACUUUCAGUAUUCUGGGUUCUUCAUCUUUUGUUUCCAUUUAUGGGAUUAAUUCAAAGCGUAUAUUAGUCAAAACUUACAAUAAUUCAAAGCAUAUUUUAGUUCAACGUGCAUAUCAAUGUAAUCAGUGGGUACCCCGCCCACGAUGGUUAUAACGCCGGUCUUGAGAAUUUUCUUUAGGCUUUCUGGCCUUUAUAACCUUCCAGUCCCAUUACAAAAUGUUAGUUAUGAUACGGUGUAUUUUCAUCUCCAAAUUUCUAUUCCAGUAUUUUAACAUUUCUUGCUUUGCGUUAAUUGUAUAUUGAGAACAAUUGCCCGAUUCAAGAUUUUUUUUUUCUUUAGUCAAAUGGAAUCGGAGUAAACGAGAAUCAGUUGAUACGUCCAUUAAGGAAUUAUGAGAACCUGCAUACAAAGAGAAAUUUCUCUCUCUCUCUCUCUCUCUCUCUCUCUCUCUCUCUCUCUCUCUCUCUCUCUCUCUCUCUUAUUUGUUGCGUCUAGCGAUAGUUAAUAAAACUGGCCCAAAAAUAAAGUUACGGUAACAAUAACGAAAGUGCCAAUUUCCACGUUCAUGAUUAUCUUAUUAAGAGAACACCCUUCCGGUUAUUACUGUCAUUAACGCAAAAUCUAUCGAUAGCCAUCAGUCCUUAACGAUUAUCGGUUACUACAAACGAAAGCAGGAUGUCCGUUGAAUGUUUUAAAACUUUUUCGUGAAUUAAACUGACUUGUGUUGCUUAUCAAUACUGUUGUUUAAAAAGAGGUCACCUUGAAAAUGAUCCAAUCGUUUAAAGCUGACAGUGGGUUUUGUAUAUAGAAAGAUUAUGUUAGACCUUUGGCUCUAUCUCCGGGAUACAUUGUGAAAUGAGAAUAACGAGAAAACCUGUAUGGUGAAUUAAAUCUGCUCGAGUCCCGUUACAGAACGAGGAAAAUUCAACUGAAAUGCAAAGACCCGGCUGUAUCUCGAGCAAGAGGAAAAGUAGGUUUAAAAUUCUCGACCCUACGUGGAUGAAGAGGGACAUUCCCUCAUUUCGACUGGGUUUUGCUUUGUCACAUAUCAAUUUGGUGCCGAGAAAAAAAGACUACUAAACGCAAGCUUCUCAGGCUUAUUUGUUAAGCUUCCCUCACGAUAGAAAAUCAUUAGCUUGGCAAGCACGAAACCCAGGAGAGAAGAAGGAGGAGCCAUUACCAUUACCACAAUCGGCUAUAAAUGAAACACAAGACGAACAAGAACAGUAGGGAUGACUCUCGAUCGAGGAGUAAAAUUGUUUAUACUCAUCGCGAUGCCGGUCUAUGCAAUGUUAUUCUUCAUUCUCAUCUUUGAUAAUUAUAGCCACGACACGGAUGGGAAAAUGAAUCAGAUCAACAGUCGGAGAGGAACCGGACAAUUUCCUCUAUUUCCGAAAUCCCCUCCAUCAGACUCUUCUGCUUUCUACACGAAGAAAAGAAUCCACCCAUCUCCAUUGACAAGGAAACUCGCAGCAUUUCGAGGUAAUCCUGAUUCUGUUGAAGAGGCUGAAGAAGAACAGCUGGAUUAUCAGAAAGUUGAUAAACACAAUGACGUCUUCGACGAGAUAGCGGAAGAUUAUCAGGAAGUUUCUAAGCGAAAACAAUUACGUCAUAGUGCUCAUGUGCAUGCAACUAGCCUUUUCACAAUGGAUGUUCCUAAUAGUGAAGUGAAGGCAGAUGCUUUUACUAUGAAGGAAAUUACAAAACCCGUCACACAAAUGAAGAAAAAGGGAAUUGGCAAGAAUUACUUAUUGCGAAACAAGUUUGCAGCUUCAGUAAGAAGUUUGAAAGGCGAACAAAAACACGAGUCAUAUGAAGUAAGCGUACCUGGAGAUUCUGACUAUGAUGGUGACAGUUAUUAUGACUCGGAUGGCAAUGAAGAUAAUGAUGACUACAACGAGCCCUUUGACCAUUACAAAUAUGAAAACUACGAUAAACAUAAUUUAUUUACAGACCUAUUCAAACCUGGAUAUUUAAUUGAAAACCGGGGCUUGUGUCGUAGAAACACACAAGUUUUCAUUUUCAUCAAUUCAAGAUCGAAUCAAACAGAUACUCGGGUUGCUAUACGCCAGACUUACCUGCGUCGUUUAGUCCUUCAUGGAAGUGUCAGUUACGCUUUCGUCAUAUCAAAGCCAAAGAAUGGAAAUGACUUGAAGGUACUGGAAAGAGAGAAUGAAAUUUACGGAGACUUAAUUUUGAUUGCAGUUGAGGAAUCUUACACAAAUCUGACCUUAAAAACUGGCCAUAUUCUUCACUGGUCAAAGAAAAACUGUCCCUCCGCCGCCUACGUAGCUAAAAUUGAUGAUGAUGUGUACGUGAACGUUCCAGAAUUUCUGAAGGUUCUGGAAACUGAGAGAAACUUUACAAUUUUGGGAAAGGUAUGCAGUAACUGCGCACCAUUCACGGGAAAACCUUAUUCUUUGAAGGAAGCGCUACGUCUCUUCUCCAAUGUUGUGACACCGCGACACAUGCCCCUCGUACAAUUUCCACCUUUUGCUAUGGGGCCUGCUUAUAUCAUGACAAACGAUGUUACUGGUUGGCUUCUCGAGGGCGCGCAGCUGUUACCAUACUUCAGCUACGAGGAUGUAUUUUGGACAAGCCUGGUGGUCGAGGUGGUAAACGAGGAAAGCGGAAUCACUUUCGAAUCACCAGAUGUGAUAAAGCAAGUGAACAGAAAAGACGAGGAGAGGGAAGAAGAACAGGAAAGCAUCAAGUACAAGUACUUAACGAUGAAAGAAGAAAAGUCUCCAAGUAUCAACAUUGCCCGAGUGGAUAUCCCAAACUGGCGGUUGGAGAGGACGGAUACUUUAGAAACAGCCUUGCAUGACAGUCUGUCAUCAGUUACUAUACAUGGAAUUAGGUGGCAAGAGGACAAGAGUCUCAUAGAAACUCUUGAAAAUGCAAUAAAAGAACGUCCUGUCGAAUCAUCUUCGCCUUCGGUUGGACUGGACAGUUCAAAAGUACAGACCUGGGAACGUCUUCUAGACCGAGAACUUAUCGAACAUAACAGUGCCCGGUGAUACUCCGUCCAAUUCCCCGUCAAAUAAGGCAGUCCGUCUCGUGAAGAUUUUUCUACCAGUCUUUAAUGAUACACUUUAUAGUUACAUAUGAUUUAAAUGCAUUAUUAUAGAUAAAUACGUCCAGAUUAAAGCAGCAACUUAGAUUCAGCAGUGACUUUUGUGUAUUUA